AUGACCAAGUCUCUGAACCGUAAAGCAGCACUGGCCAAACUGCUCCAACAAACACUCGAUGCCGGAUGUCGCGAUGGUAUGCCAGAUAGCUCAAGUGGGCGAACGCUAACUGAUCUUUCUAUUUUGUUUGUCUUCAAGGUUGGUCAUAGUGUACAGCGUAAAUCCAGAGUUACAUCGGGUCGCACACAUCAUUGGCGUUGUUAUGUCGAUAGCUGGAACCCCCGUUAUCCGCUGUCGAAUUUCGUAACGAAAGUGACCUUCAAGUUGCAUGAUACUUUUGAUAAUCCAAGACAAGUGGUGAGACAAGCCCCGUUCGCCAUCGAAGAGGAUGGUUUCGGGAAUUUCCAACUCCAGAUCGAGGUGACUUUUUUUGGUGGUGUCACAAACUUCUGCUACAACCUGAUCCUGUUCGACCACAAUGAUUUACCCGAAUACCAUACCGUUCGAAUCGACCCUCCACCAGACAACUGGGAUAAAAUGAUACAGCUGGGUGGAGAUCUAAGCUCACCUCGGACAAGCAGUUCUGAUUCGGAUGCUCAUGAACCCAUGGACUUAGAUGAACUGCAUGAACAACGAGGUGGAUGGUCUCGGGACCGUUCAACUAUGGUUUCGAUCGAUGGUCUGCGUCAACAACGUGCAAAUCAUUCACAAUCACAACCACCACCUACGUCCCUUCAGACAUCACCUCCUCCCCCUCCUGUCCCCACUCCCAAUCAACCGCCAGUAAUCUCGACACAACGACAACCACCAUACUCAAACUCCGACGGUGACUACCACGACAACCCAAUGCUACCCAUGGACCGAUUUCUUAACCAACGCCCACUGCUUCAAAAACACAAGAAAAAGCUACAGUUGUUGCACGAAGCCCAACUCCUAAUGGAGGAUGCACAGAAACAACAGACCCAAUGGGGUCCGUCCGCACAAACACAUCAUUCACCCAUUCCCAAUAGCCCCCAGUAUCAUUUGGCUCCCUCAUCUCCCACAAUGUCCAUCGAACCAUAUCGACCUAGUCCGGUAUCCCAACCUCUGAAUCGCGGUUCGGAAUCCAACAUAGAUUUCGGACAGUCCGAGGUCCCUGUGUCCUUCCGUCUUACUUCUGCUCAGGAUCAUCAUCUUCAUUAUCCGCAAACCGGUUCCGUUUCUCGUUUGUACGAUUCUGUUCGGAGACAUAGUCCAAUCCAUUCCCCUGGCUCAAAGGCUACUCCACCCGAAGAUUCAGAUUCGAAUCCCGGAAAACGGAUCGUACUCAAGUUAUCCCGUCUGGGUGCUGGGAAUCAAUUGACUGUUUCCAGCACACAUCUGGAUGACAGUAUCUCGGCUGCAAAAGCUGAGCGACUCGAGCGUCGCCGGCGGAAAAAAGAGCGUCACGAACAAAAAAUGCUGUUACUCAAGCAAAAACAACAACAGCAACAACUACUCCAACAAAACCAAGAACAGCCUCUAAGACCAGAGUCAUUAGCGAUGUCGAAUAUCAUACGAACACCGACGAGUAGUGAACACGUUGAAGAGGAACGUAGCAUGACGCGGCUCGAUACAACUUCCAGCACGCUCAGCAUGCAACAGCAGCACUCACGUCACCACCACCAUCACCAUCAUCACUACCAUACGCAAUCACUUCAUCGUAGCCACACCGAUACAAUACCAGAUGGGUCACUUGCAAAUACCACAAGUGACAUAUCCUCGCUCUCUCCGCGUAAAUCGACAAAACUCAAACGUCACAAGCGAUCCAAAUCUAGCCGAGAUCGUGUGGAACCGCCUCCCGCGCCACCGCAACCACCACCAACACAUGGGUCUGAAUUCUCUCAACCAUUGGGAGCGCAUGUUUCCUAUAGAGAAGAUCGUUCAGAUUCCAUACAGCCUAAUGUUCCAACUCAUCGUUCCGAACCGCAACGGCAUGUGCGGAUCCGAAAUCUUCUGGACACCGAUCCAUUGGAUCACUAUGAAGAAGGUAAUGAGAAUCACACGAAUGUAUCCAGUCGUCAUAUUGACGAAGAAAGUAUGCCAGACGCUGUUGCCGGGACUCGUAGCUCGGGACCAUCCAACCGAUAUGCGGAUCAUUCGCAUUUGUUGCUGGAACAAGAUGAACAUGAAUUGGACGAUGUUCUUCCACGCAGUCUAUUCUCACAAUGCCACGAUUCGACCAAUCCGGACAGUCCGUUUGUAGAUAUGUUUGGUGAGGAGACACAAAUGCAGUCGGAUGCGUCGAUGCAAUCGUCGGAUGAUGGACCAGGGAGCAAUUUACCCUCUCGUCCACGCACCACCAAUCCUGCCGCCUUGUUUGAUUCUGAUGCUGAUUCCGAUGAUCGUGACACCGACAAAUCAAAGACCCAUGAUAAAUCUGUGACCGUGCCGGCGCCCGCACUAGAUCCGAAACCUAGCGGGGAUGUGAGUCGUGGAAUACGAGUGAGCAACAAAUUGCCAGAGCCUAAAACGUCUUCCCGUGGGCAGCCACAACCUGACCCGGAAUCGAAUGGGACUAAGAAGAAUGCUGGAUCUUCCGGUAAAUUCAGCUCUAUGACUUCAAAGGAUCGUAUGAAGGAUGAAAGUGAACAAGGUGGUAAAUCCGUUGGAACGGUGAGUUAA